AUGAAGUCGAGUGGCAGCAACGCGGAGGCCCCGGGUCACGGUCCACGGGUGCUGGUGGUGGGCGGCGGCAUCGCGGGGCUGGGCGCAGCGCAGAGGCUCUGCCGCCACCCGGCUUUCCGCCACGUGCGGGUCCUGGAGGCCACGGCCCGCGCCGGAGGCCGCAUCCGCUCCGAGCGCAGCUUUGGUGGUGUGGUGGAGAUAGGUGCUCACUGGAUCCACGGGCCCUCCCAGGGCAACCCUGUCUUCCAGCUGGCUGCCAAGUACGGGCUUCUGGGGGACCAGGAACUGUCGGAGGAGAACCAGCAGAUAGAGACUGGAGGUCACGUGGGCCUGCCCUCUGUGUCUUACGCCAGCUCUGGGGGAAGGGUGAGCCUUGAGCUGGUGGCGGAGAUGGGCAGUCUGUUCUACAGCCUCAUAGACCAGUCCCGGGAGUUCCUGCACGUGUCCGAGGCUCCUGUGCCCAGCGUCGGGGAGUACCUCAAGAAAGAGAUCCAUAGGCGAGUGGCCGGCUGGCCAGAGGGUGAGGAGGCCAGAAAGCUCAAACUGGCCAUUCUGAACAACUUCUUCAACGUGGAGUGUUGUGUGAGCGGCACUCACAGCAUGGACCUGGUGGCCCUCGGGCCCUUUGGGGAGUACACUGUGCUGCCGGGGCUGGACUGCACCGUUCCUGGGGGCUACCAAGGGCUCACAAACUGCUUGGUGGCCUCUUUGCCCCAGGACGUGAUGGUUUUUAACAAGCCUGUGAAGACUAUUCACUGGAACGGCUCCUUCCAGGAAGCUGGAUCCACCGGGGAGACGUUUCCAGUGUUGGUGGAGUGUGAGGAUGGAGGCUGCUUCCCAGCACAUCACGUGGUCCUCACCGUGCCCCUGGGUUUUCUUAAAGAACGUCUGGACACCUUCUUCGAGCCGCCUCUGCCCACUGCGAAGGCGGAGGCCGUCAGGAAACUCGGCUUCGGCACCAACAAUAAGGUCUACCUGGAGUUCGAGGAGCCCUUCUGGGAGCCCGGCUGCCGGCACAUCCAGGUGGUGUGGGAGGACACGUCGCCCCUGGAGGAUGUUGCCGCUGCGCUGCAGGACGCUUGGGUCAGGAAGCUGGUUGGCUUUUGGGUCCUGCCUGCCUUCGGGUCUGCCCACGUGCUCUGCGGGUUCAUUGCUGGACUCGAGUCUGAGUUCAUGGAGACGCUCUCAGAUGAGGAGGUGCUUCUGUCCCUGACCGGCCUGCUUCGCAGGGUGACAGGGAAUCCACAGCUUCCUGCUCCCAAGAGCGUGCUGAGGACUUGCUGGCACAGCGCUCCGUACACCAGGGGCUCCUAUAGCUACGUGGCCGUGGGCAGCACUGGGGAUGACAUUGACCUGCUGGCUGAGCCCCUCCCUGCGGACAGAGAGAAGGCCCAGCUCCAGGUCCUGUUCGCAGGAGAAGCUACACAUCGAACCUUUUAUUCCACCACACAUGGGGCUCUGCUGUCUGGCUGGAGGGAGGCCGACCGGCUCAUCGCUUUGCGGGACCCCCAGGCACAGCUGCCGAGACUCUGAGCCUGCCUGCUUAUUCAGUGCUGGGGGAGGCUCUCGCCAUCCUUUCCUCUGCUCAGCCUGGCCGGACACUGGGAUAUAUUGUACUCAGGGUCAGCACUCUCAUUUUCACUUCUGUUGGUGGGUCUGGCCAGUGCUGAACUGGAGCUGAGUGGGAGGUCUUCCUGGAGAAUUGAGACACAGGUGCACUGGCUGUACAUAAAGCAUGUUAAAGCCUC